AUGCCACAGUGCAGCCACUACAGCUGCCUGGGGUACGUGCUGCUCUGUAGCCUGAAGGCUGCCCUUGCCUUUCCCAACUCCUCUCCACUGCUGAAUCCCAGCUGGGGGAACGGGGAUCACCUGAUGCACCUCUACACGGAUACAGAGAGGAACAGCUUCCACCUCCAGAUCAACGCUGAUGGCUACGUUGAUGGUGUUCCUCACCAAACCAUUUACAGUGCCCUAAUGAUCAAGUCUGAGGGUGCUGGCUCAGUAACAAUCACAGGUGUGAAGAGUGGGUGCUACCUGUGCAUGGACAUGAAAGGAAACAUCUUUGGCUCGCAUUACUUCAGUCAAGAGGACUGCGUGUUCAACCACAGGACUCUGGAAAACGGAUAUGAUGUGUACCAGUCUCCCAAACACCACUUCCUGGUUAGCUUAGGCAGAGUUAAACAAGUGUUCUUCCCAGGUAUGAACCCACCACCAUACUCACAGUUUUUAUCCAGGAGGAAUGAAAUCCCUUUGUUUCGAUUCAACACACCUGAGCCCCACAGAAACACCAGAAGUGCAGAUACGGACCCAGCGGAUCCUCACCAGAUCCUGGUCCCACAGAGAAAGAGCUCUACGUUGGGAUCUCAGCUGCAGCAGCAGGCAGACUUCUCCCAUGUUCCCAGAGAGCCCAUGAGGAUCAACCAGAACGAUGUAGUCAACCCUGAUGACCCACAUGCUAUGAUGGAGGCCAGGAGGUAUGCAAGUCCUCGCUUCUACCUCACAAGAUAA